CCAACUCAAAAGCAGGGAACAAAGAGAGAAGGGAAACUUUUGAAAAAAAUUACCAUAAUGCCACAAACUCCCUCAACUAGGUGGUGUCCAACCCCUGAACAAAUAAUGAUAUUAGAGGAGAUGUAUAGGAGUGGAGUGAGAACUCCAAAUGCUUCUCAAAUUCAACAGAUCACUGCACACCUCUCUUUUUAUGGAAAGAUCGAGGGCAAGAAUGUCUUUUACUGGUUUCAGAACCACAAGGCCCGGGACCGGCAGAAGCUCCGCCGCCGUCUCAGCCGUCAGCACCACCUCCUCCACGGCUGCAGCUUCAACCAAUAUCCCCUCCAAACCCCUAACGUGCAGUUGUUUCAUAACUUGGAGGAGGCUUCUCUCUCUCCUACUUACAGUCAUCUUCAAGCUCCACUUCACUUUCUUCAUCAGGGAGUCCCCGAUCAAGAGACAUCACAGGGCAUGAAUUUGCUCAGCAAGCUCGAAAAAGGCGAAGCAUCGCCUCCGAAGAUGAGCCAUGGCUAUGAUUAUAUGAUGAUGAUGAUGAUGGAGUCAAGCCAUGAUGCACAUCCAUGCUGCAAGCCUCUCAAGACUCUUGAUCUCUUCCCUACGAAGAGCACAGGGCUCAAGGAUGAGUGUAGCACCUCAAAUCCAUCCUCAUGCUCGACUUCAACCAACUAAAUAAUUAAGUCCUAAAUUCAGUGUAUUUGUUUGUGUCUUUUUAGUUAGUUAAUUAUCUCUGACAAAUGUAC